CCUACCAAACAGGCUUCCGAUCUGAGGCGCACUACGGCGGCAGAGAUCAAGUCUUGCAGGAACAACAUGGCAUCGAGCACUGGGCUGCCUAACCAAGUCGUCGCAACGUAUUGCCGGCAAGAAAAGCGUGCACGCAUCGCCGGGAUCCCCAUGGACCCUAACUGGAGGGACUGGGCAGACCUGAUCGCCGGGCCUGCAGGCCUGAUCGCCGAGCGUGUCCUCGCGGACGAUGUUGCCGACUACCUCCGCUUCCGCAUGGUGUGCCGGACGUGGCGGCAUUGCACGGCUUCCCCGCAUGGGUACGGCAGCCUGGACCGCCGGUUCCACCCCCGGCGGUGGAUCAUGCUCCCGCAAACCAUGGGCGAUGUCCGGAAGCGCCGCACCUUCAUGAACGUCUCGACCGGGGAGCGCCUCCAGGUGAACCUCCCGGAGCUCUGCUACCAGCACGUGUUCGGGACCACCUCCGACGGCCUCGUCGUGUUGUGCGACAGGCGCACCUACGCCAUCCGCCUCCUCAACCCGCUCACCCGGCAGCUUACUAGCCUCCCGGACGCAACCACGCUGCAGUACACGGCGAGCAGCCAACAGCGUACCAGCGGGUACACACUGAAGUUCCUGCAAGUGUUUGGAGCCGGUCUCGCCGACGACUCGACCGUGGCCCUCUACUUUGGCGGGACCUGGCUGGCCACCGCCAAGCCCGGCGAUAAGCAGUGGACGCGGUUGCACCACAUAUGGGACAACAUGAUCAUUGCAACCUUGCCGUUCGCAGGCCGCUUCUACUGCGUCACCGAGAAGGCCAUCAUGGCGCUGGACACCAGCCAGCGGCAGCCGCGGCUGGUGGUGGCGGCCGGACUGGGCGAUUUGGGUUCUACUAAUGUGUGGUACGACCGGACCAUGAAACUAGUGGACAAUGGCGGGGAGCUGGUUUUGGCGCGUCGGAUCCCGUUGGACAGUAAGAACCCUCUUCGAGGUGGCUACGAGGCGCACCGGGUGGAUUUGGAAGCGGGAAUCACCUUGCCCAUGCAACAAGGGUUUGGUGGACGUGCCUUGUUCGUCGGCACACCAAGCCACCUGGGGCCAGGGCGUGCUCUGUUGUUGCCCGCCGGGCUGUUCUCUCAUGUCCUUGGUGACACCGUUUACUUGUGCAACGCCACCAUUGCUGACCCGCCGAGAAUUGAGGCCUGCCGCCUCCUUUACGGCCAUGCCCGGUCAGGGAGCGCCAUUGGGCCCACUGGUCUCUCAUAUGGCCACCACAGCAGAGUCUACAUUGGUGAUGCCCGGCCAUGCAGCGUCAUCGACCACGUGUCUCGCUACGUAUGUGGUUCGAAGAUCAUUGUAAAGCAGCGUCGUCAUCACAGUGAACGACAGGCGCGCCAUGGCCCGACUAGUGUGCACAUCAAAUCUGUGUAAUAUAUGGGUUGCCAAAGCCAAUAGUUCUGCUCGAUUUCUUAUGAAGCUGAUUAAUUGUACUAUAAUUGCUAUCCUACCGUUGAUGAUCAGUUUCUUAUGUUGCUUAAA